AUGCUGGCCCGUCAAAUGAUGUUGCCAAGACUGGCGCUCCGUGCCGUCCACACCACUUCUCGCCUCUCUGGGGGCCAGGAAUUCUAUUGGGGACCAGAGAAGGCCGCCGGACGCGAGCUCGUAGGAUACGGAUGCAAUGGAGACAACGUAAACUAUUCAAAAAUGUUUUUGUUAAAAACAAUUUUUCCGAUUUCAGAUCUAUCAGGAUCGCCUUGAUUACUGGUAUCCAGCCAUCAGAUUCCGCAAGGAGGACAACGUGAUCGCCCCGAUCCGCACCAAGGAGCAGGCUGACUGGAAGAACUUGUCCGCUGAGGAAAAGAAGCUUUGUAAGUACAUUAUAACACUGUGUGUGUAAAAAAAAAUUUCAGUGUACCGCUACAGCUUCCGUCAGACCCUCUCCGAGUUCGAGGCUCCGACCGGAUACUGGAAGGUGAUCACCGCCGUCGUCCUCAGUGUUCUGGGACUGGCCACCUAUUACGCUAUUCUUCUGAAUGUUUACGGUAAGACUUACACUUGUUUCGUGAACAUUUUUUUAAACAAAUUUUUCUUUUUCAGUCUACCCAGAACUGCCACCAACCUUCCAAAACGAAUACAAGGAGGCUCAAGUCGAGAGAGCUCUCGUUCUCGAGAAGGGCAACUUCCUCGGAGCCCCAACGCACUACGACUACGAGAAGCAGAAGUGGAAGUAA